AAGUGUUGUAAGGAAGUUUCAUCUUUAUUUCACGAUUUGCUCGAAACUUUUCCAGUGCUCAAUGGGACAAAAUAGACGUGCCUUCUAGACAGAGGUGGUCGUAGAAGUUUUCGGAAUGCAAGCUGAGAACCUACAAUGCACGAGUGCACGCUCAAAAGACAAUCAUUAAUCCCUAUGCAGUAUUCUUACUUGAUUUCACUAAACGAGAUCCAUGAAUCUCGCUUUUCACGCUUCUUACUGACAUACAUUAGUGCUAAUUUUUAUCUACUUUCAAACUUGUAUAGCGAUUCACUUUAACAGUUGUACUGCAAAUAAGCAUCUCGUAAC